GAUGGCUUCCUGUCUCCCAACCUCCGAUUUGCGGCUCCCUCUCCCCAGACCCAGGCUUCCCAUCUGGGAUGGAUCCCCUGCCCCCAGACUGCUUCUCCUCACGCAAGCUCCUCACCUGCUUUCCGGGCGGGUGGACCCCGGAGCCUCUUGGAGAGUCACGGGAUGGGCGAGGCUGGCUGGAGCCCCCAGUGAGAAGGGCUAGGCCUGAAGGGGGGGCAAAAGGGUGAAGCUGGGGCCGUGGAGGAGAGGCCCUGGGGGGGGCCCCCACGGUGAGCUGGAAGGCGAUGCUGUUGGGCGCCAGGAUGGGGGCCUAGAGCCUGGGGGGCCAGAGGCAGGCCCCUUGGCUUCGCUGUCACCCAGCCCGGGGGGAAAACCAUCCUAGCUGGACCUCCGUCUGAGAAGUGGGUGCCGGCCUCUCCCUUCCUGAGGAUAGUUCCACUGGGACUGGAGAAGGCACUGAAGGGCACCUGCUUAAGCAGAGGCGAGAAGCAGAGGAUGAGCCGGCAGGUGGUCCGUUCCAGCAAGUUCCGCCACGUGUUUGGACAGCCGGCCAAGGCUGACCAGUGCUAUGAGGACGUGCGCGUCUCACAGAACACCUGGGACAGUGGCUUCUGCUCUGUCAACCCCAAGUUCGUGGCCCUGAUCUGUGAGGCCAGUGGGGGAGGGGCCUUCCUGGUGCUGCCCCUGGGCAAGACUGGACGUGUGGACAAGAACGUGCCCAUGGUCUGUGGCCACACGGCCCCAGUGCUGGACAUCGCCUGGUGCCCGCACAAUGAUAAUGUCAUUGCCAGUGGCUCCGAGGACUGCACAGUCAUGGUGUGGGAGAUCCCUGAUGGGGGCCUGGUGCUGCCCCUGCGGGAGCCUGUCGUCACCCUGGAGGGUCACACCAAGCGCGUGGGCAUUGUGGCCUGGCACCCCACAGCUCAGAAUGUGCUUCUCAGUGCAGGUUGCGACAAUGUGAUCCUGGUGUGGGACGUGGGCACGGGGGCGGCCGUGCUGACACUGGGCUCGGACGUGCACCCGGACACAAUCUACAGCGUGGACUGGAGCCGAGAUGGCGCCCUCAUCUGUACCUCCUGCCGCGACAAGCGAUUCCGCAUCAUUGAGCCCCGCAAAGGCACCAUUGUAGCUGAGAAGGACCGUCCCCAUGAGGGGACCCGGCCUGUGCGUGCCGUGUUUGUGUCAGAUGGAAACAUCCUGACCACAGGUUUCAGCCGCAUGAGUGAGCGGCAGGUGGCGCUGUGGGACACGAAGCACCUGGAGGAGCCGCUGUCCCUGCAGGAACUGGACACGAGCAGCGGUGUCCUGCUGCCCUUCUUUGACCCUGACACCAACAUUGUCUACCUCUGUGGCAAGGGUGACAGCUCUAUCCGGUACUUCGAGAUCACUUCCGAGGCCCCAUUCCUGCACUAUCUCUCCAUGUUCAGUUCCAAGGAGUCCCAGCGUGGCAUGGGCUACAUGCCCAAACGUGGUCUGGAGGUGAACAAGUGUGAGAUUGCCAGAUUCUACAAGCUGCACGAGCGGAGGUGUGAGCCCAUCGCCAUGACGGUGCCUAGAAAGUCGGACCUGUUCCAGGAGGACCUGUACCCGCCCACUGCAGGGCCUGACGCUGCCCUCACAGCUGAGGAGUGGCUAGGGGGUCGGGAUGCCGGGCCCCUCCUCAUUUCCCUCAAGGAUGGCUACGUGCCCCCAAAGAGCCGGGAGCUGAGGAUCAACCGGGGCCUGGACACUGGGCGCAAGAGGAUGGCACCUGAGGCCAGUGGCGUUCCCAGUUCGGAUGCCGUAUCCCGGUUGGAGGAAGAGAUGAGGAAGCUCCAGGCCACGGUACAGGAGCUACAGAAGCGCCUGGAUAGGCUGGAGGAGACAGUCCAGGCCAAGUAGAGGACCACCGGCUGAGGCCAACGGCAUCGCCUCCCUCCCUUCCACUCCCACUCCUCAGGCCACCAUGGCAGAUAAGAAAAUACUAAUAAAAUGGCUUUAUUUUCUGGUA